AUGGAGGCGAAAGGCAGAAACAUGCCCCCAGAUUUCAGUUUCCUGCCGCGCCCGGCGAUGGUGUGGUGCGAGCGCGGGAUCCAGGUGCUGCUGACCACCAUGGGGGCGUUCGCCGCCUUCGCCCUGAUGACCGUGGCCAUCGGGACGGACUACUGGCUCUACGCCCGCGCCUUCAUCUGCAACAGCACGGCCAACUCGUCCCAGGAGGACUCCAACAACAAGGACAAGAAGGACCCCGGGGCCCUCACCCACUCGGGCCUCUGGAGGAUCUGCUGCCUGGAAGGCUUGAAGCGAGGCGUAUGUUCCACGAUCAAUCACUUCCCCGAGGACGCCGACUACGACCAGGAUUCUGCAGAGUAUCUGCUGCGUGUGGUGCGAGCCUCCAGCAUCUUCCCCAUCCUCAGCGCUGUACUGCUCCUGCUGGGCGGAGUGUGUGUUGCGGCCAGCGGCUUCUACAAGAGCAAGCGGAACAUCAUCCUGGGCGGAGGGAUUCUCUUCGUGGCUGCAGGCCUCAGCAACAUCAUCGGAGUGAUCGUGUACAUCUCGGCGGCGCUGAGCGACAUCUCCCCGAAGAAGGACGAGGAUAAGAAGUGGCACUACUCGUACGGCUGGUCCUUCUACUUUGGCGGCCUGUCCUUCAUCAUGGCGGAGAUGGUCGGCGUCCUCGCCGUCAACAUCUACAUCGAGAAGAACAAGGAGCUGCGCUGCCGCUCCCGCAGCGACCUCUUCAAGAGCACCACGCACGCCAUGCUGCGGCUGCCCAGCUACCGCUUCCGCCGGCGCUCUCGCUCCAGCUCGCGCUCCAGCGACCCCCCCCACUCGCAGGAGAACUCGCCCAUCGGUGCUUCCAAGACCUUCAGCCUGCCGCCCUCCGCCCCGCCCUUCUCCGUGGCCACUCUGCCCAACCCGCACCACGCCGGCAGCGGCGGAAGUGGAGGCGGGGGGGACAUCUCCAUGUACACCCUCUCCAGGGACUCCAAGCUGGGCAGCCUGGGAGGCGGCGCCCCCCCCCUCUACGGUACCGUGGACCGGGCCACGCUCUACCAGCUCCACAACUACUUUCCAAAGGAUUCCGGCGGAAGCGGCGGCGGCGGCGGAGCGGUGAUCAGCGGCGGGACGCUCCCGUCUCACUCCAAAUCCAACCUGGCAGCGGCGGCGGCCGUCGCCCAGAACGCGGUGCCGCUGAACACGCCAACGUCGGCCUCCACGCCGGCCCAGCCCGCCCAGAUCUCCACCGCCACCAUGGAGAGGGACCGGGGCAACCUGGGAACCCUGGACCGGCUGAGCGCCAAGAGAGACCGGGACAGCAACUCCGACACGCUGAACAGGAAGACCACGCCCGUCUGA